AGGAACCAAGAUGGCGGAUCAGAUGGCUAAUGAGGACAGUGGUAAAGUAAAGCACAUUGUGGCGGACUCGGCCGCUUUUUUGAAAAAUGCGCCGCUUCAUGAAAUGUGUGAAAAUGUUUAUACAGUUGAGGAUGUUGUGAAUGAGAUCAGAGACGCAGCAACUAGACAGCGUUUGGCUGUGUUGCCGUACAAAAUCAACUUUAGAGAGCCGUCAACAGAAGCACUACAUGCGGUGACUGAAUUUGCAAAGCAGACAGGAGAUUUUCGAAGUCUUUCUGUCGUUGACCUAAAGGUCCUGGCUCUCACUUAUCAACUAGAAAAGGAACAUUGUGGCAUUGAUCACAUUAAGACCAAACCCACCAAACAGGUAGAAAUAACUCAAGGGUUUGCAGGAAAGACAGUCCCUGGCUUCUUUAUGGAAAAAAAGCCAAAAGAGGAAAGUGAAGAAACUGAGCUAAGAGAUGAAAGAACAGUGUGCCGCACAGUUGACAGUGAUAAAACUACAGGAACAGAUGGACAACAGAACAAUACACCAAAUACAAGUGAUGAAUGUGAGACAAAUGCAAUUGAUACAUCAAGAACUGAAAUAAGCACAGCUGCUGAAAUUGAUAAAAACAAUGACUCUACUGCUCAGGAAAUUACAACUGGUAUGGAGGCACUGACAGCAAAUGAUCCAACAUUAAAUGACUCUAAAGAUGAUGAUGAGGGAUUUGAGGAAAAUGAUAACAAUGUUGAUGGUGAGGAUGAUUUAGACAGUGAUAUUGAGGAGGAUUGUGAGCAUGAAAAUGGUGAUGAUUUUGGUGAGGAUGAUGAUGAUGGUUGGAUUACACCUGAUAACAUAAAGCAAAUUAAGAAUCAGAUGGGGAAAGGAAGCCAGAAUGCUUUGCCAGCUAAUGUGACUGUAGGCUGCCUUACAACUGAUUUUGCAAUGCAGAAUGUAUUGAUUCAAAUGGGUCUUCAUGUGAUAUCGCUUGAUGGUAUGCUGAUCAGGGAAGCGCGCAGUUAUGUGUUGAAAUGCUAUGCUUGUUUCAGAGUGACAUGUCAGCUGGAGAAAAAGUUCUGCCCAUCAUGUGGUAAUAGCACUUUGGUGAAGGUGUCUGUUAGUGUUGAUGAGGAUGGUAUAACCCAUUACCAUCUGCCUAACAGAAAGAAACCGUUUAACAUCAGAGGAAAAAAGUUCCCCCUCCCUCGGCCCCAAGGCGGUCGCCACAGUAGCAACCCAGUCCUCACUGAGGACCAACCCCGUGGUCAGCAUCGUCUCCCGCGGAAGAAAGAUAACAUGAAUGUGUUUGAUCCUAAUUACAUCGCGCGCAGCUCACCAUUCGCCGCGAAAGAUGUAACAAGCCGCGCCUCGCAACUCGGUUAUCACUUGAAAGGUGCUCAAGAUUAUCAGAAUAGACGGAAUCCAAACGAGGUCAGGAAAAAAUCUGGACGGAGAAAGAAGUAGAGUGCUUGUGAUCUAUUUUCUCUCCUUCAUGUUUAAAAUUCGAGCGUGUGUUCCGUUGUGCGUCUCUAACCGCAUAUCAUGUACCCAAAGGAACCCUCGCAAGUUGCACUCACACAUACAACAGGUAUUAGAAUAGAUUUUUUAGCAAACCUCGUGAAAUAUGUGUACAUGCUUAAAAUGGAAAUGCUGAAUAAAAUUACAUCCUCGUAGUCGAAGA